AGUGCCAAACCUUCUUCCUUAUCUCCAGGCUCAAUCUCCCCUCUUGCAGUCUGAAGCCAUUUCCCCUUCUCCUAUCACACAGACCCCACUAUGGAGUCUGCCCCCUUCCUUCUCACAGCCCCUUCAGACACUGACAGGCCGCUCUCAGCUCUCCCCUUCCUUCUCUUCUCCAUGCUGCACAGCCCCAGCUCUCAGCCUGGCCUCGCAGGGAGGGCUUCCAUCCCCGGCACCAUUUCUGUGUCCCUCCUCUGGACGCGCUCCAACAGCUCCACGUCUCUCCUGCCCUGAGGACUCCACCUGUGGACGCAGUGCUCCAGGAGCUGAAGUUAUGUUUUCUGUGGACUGCACCAAGCUGAAGGACUAUUUUUUACCAGCAAAAAGAGAAUUUGACUGCAUUUAUUUCAACUUCCCUCACUGUGGGAGGAAGGCUGGGGUGGUGAAGAACAGAGAGCUGCUCGCACGCUUCUUCCAUAGCUGUGCAGAAGUGCUGACGCGGGAUGGAGAGGUCCACGUGGCUCUCUGCAGGGGGCAGGGUGGCACGCCUGCUGAUCAGCCCAGGAGAGAGUGGCACAACAGCUGGCAGGUGGUGGCGGUGGCAGCGGGAGCCGGCUUCAUCCUGAGUGAUGUUCAUCCCUUCCGAGCAGAGACUGCCCGUGGCUAUGAAUGUACGGGGUACAGGAGUCAAGAUAAAUCUUUCUGCAUAGAGGGUGCUUUAAACCAUGUUUUUACACAAAGCACACCACUUCUGUAUUGCAAACCUCUGAUCUGUGAGAUAGAACUGGAAAGACAAAGAAUUUCUUUUCAAGUACCGCAAGUACUUGUGGAUAAAAUUAACAGGGGUUUCCUAGAGCAAAAUUCCAAUCAUCCAGUACGGACAAUAAAGGAGAAGCUCACUGCAGUGCUCAGCCAAGCCUUCCCACUACAAAGCAUUGACUGCUGCCUUUCUCUGCUCCUCCAAGGUGACCUCGAUGCUGCUUGUCACUCAAACAUUUUUUGGAUCCUUCUGAGCCUAGAGGAGACUCCAAGCGCUGAAGAAAUGGCCACUGGGCGGGCAAACGCAAUUGUAUUUUCCCAUGUUGAUUUUCACAGGGACACGGAUAAGAAUGUACAAGAGGGUUGUCAAACUCCAAAACAGUGUUAUCUUAGACCUUCCCUUCUGCCUUAUGCUCAGGCAAUAAUAAAAAGUGCAGCCUUUGUGCCAGGGACACUUUACGUUUUUUCUGGCCCGGUUUUCAGGAAGUGCCGCAUCUCUCCUUACUGUACGCCUGUUUUUCAUGAGAUGGUUUUUGUAUGUGCAGUUAACAGAGGUUCAGAGAACAGCUGUAUACAGAUGAUAGUGGACAAAAUUAAAACCAGCAUACAUUCUCUUCACCAGACUAUUUCGGAUUUUAAGCUGAGCAUCAGUCUGCAGAAAGCAACGAGCUUGGGAACAGCUGAGCUCAGUGACUUUGCUGCUUUUGAAUCUCAGCUUGGUAAAAUUCAGUUCUUCCUCUGCAUAGAGGCAGACACUCGGGACUCCUCUGAGAAGGGCUCUUGUGUGGGUGCAGUAAGGACAGCUCCGUAUGAGCCAGCAGGCAGUGAUUUGGUUGUUGUCUUUGCUUCCCUGAAUCUGGACCUCAUGGCCAUGCUCAUCUGCGCCAUAGAUGACUGGCGCAUGCUCUGGACAUCAGACGCACGCUUCCUCUGUCAGUUCCCUGCAGGAGAGCUACGGAUUUUCAGGAGCUUCUCUCUCUACCCACCUUCUUAUGUGCAUGAUGUCAGCUUUUGGCUUCCUGAUGGGGAACAAUUUGACGAUGUUGCUUUUCACACCAUUGCUAGAGAAGUAUCAGGUGAAGCGGUGGCAUCCAUCCAUUUACUCGAUAAAUUCCAGCAGCUGGGGACGGGACGGACCAGCCUGUGCUGCCGGCUCACCUUCCAGAGCUGCGACAGGGCGCUGGGGCGCGGGGACGUGGCAGCCAUGCAGCUGCGCUUCAGGGAAGAAAUCUCUCAGCGGCUGCGUGUGGCUUUGCGGUAGUGCUGUGUGGUGCUGGGGCAGUGCUAUGUGAGGCCCUGCAGUAGUGCUGUGUGGUGCUGGGGCAGUGCUAUGUGAGGCCCUGCAGUAGUGCUGCAUGGUGCUGGGGCUGUGCUAUGUGUGGCCCUGCAGUAGUGCUGCAUGGUGCUGCUGUCUGCAGAACGUGUCUGUGUCUCACAGUGCUGUGUGGUGUUGCAGUGCCUCUUACAAAUGUGGGGUUCAGUAUCUGCGUACGUUGUAAAUGUGGAAAAUAAAAACCUCCGUGCUGUGUAA